UUAAGCCCAAGCCGGUAUACAAUGUUAAGAAGUUUAAUCUCAUCCGCUACGUUUUUCCUGAGAAAGCACUUGUCCCAGACGGUCGCGUCCCUGUUGAAGAAAUGGAGGUACUGGACGCCACCAAGGUCAACACAACCCUAGAGUAUCUCGAUCUAAAGCAGCAGCUGGCCAAGUCCAAGCGCCAGAAAAAAAAACUGGCCCGCAUGCAGCUGCUCGGCCUGCCCUGCAUUGAGAAGGAGCAGCUAAGGGCGGCAGAUCCUUGUCUGGAGGUCGAGGAGGAGCUGGAUGUCGAUUGGGUGCCGACUCCAGAGCCUCCGUACAAUGAGAGCGAAAGUCACCAUAGACAGGAGGGUGGAUGCAACCGACCGACACACUCACAGGCAGCAGGCCACACUAGCACCACUGGGAACUCUGGCUUUUUCGGCUUCCAUCACGUGUCUGCUGGCCAGGAAAGCGUCGACCGCGGACGGUCAACCGGCGGCAUGGAGUCGCAACCGGCACGUUGGCGCGGAAAUAUGCCGGCACCCAAGGAGAGGGAGAAGACCCUGACAAUACACCCGAGACGGAAGCGCGAUUAUGCCACCGAGCGUGUUCCUUCUGCAAUUUUUAGCGAGGUGAUGCAGAAUUCUCUACUGCCGCUCCUAGAGCAACCGGAACCUGAGAAGCUCCGCUUUGCCAAUGUAAGGACGAAAAAGCGCCCGUAUACAGAAAUAUUAGAGGCCAGACACCACCACGACCAUUGGGCGCCGACUCAAGUGAAAAAUGUACACGUACAGUAUCAGCCGAAGACCGUUCUUCCCGAGGUUACAAAGGUGGCGAAUAAGGUCCGGGAACCGGUGGUAAAGUUUGAGAAGGCUAAUCCGCCCAGCACCAAGUAUGUGGACAAGGAUCUAACCAUGCCCAGCUACGACUUUAGCCAUUUGAUUUCCAAACAGCUGGCUACCACCCGCAUUGACAGCAAAGAGGCUGCCGGCGAAAUAGUGCCUAACCUUUGUCGACCAUACGACUUCGUCUUUCACUCGCGGGAUCCCGAAGAGUUGGGCAAACUAGACUUUCCGGGUCGCAAACAGUAUCUGGACCAGCUGCGUGACACCCGCGAAGCAAUUUACGAGACCAAGGACAUCGAACCUGGCGAAGAUCGCCUAUUAGUAGAUCGUCGCGCAGUGAUCGCGGACCUUGAGGAGGAUCUCAAGAGCAUUGAAAACUGCCUUAGCUCAUUGAGCAGCUCCGAGUGCACUGAUCUGUCUAACGACAGUGGCAGCUACAUGGUGAUCGAGGAUAAGACUAAGUUGCCCCUGGAUUACAUACGAAAACCACUGGUGCCAUUCGAGGAAAUGCGACGCGCACGCUUCCACGCGGCGGUAGUUGACGUGAAUGCCGAGGACGAGGAUCCCUACCGUAUGCUGCCAUUUUCGGGUCAGCACAAGGCGCAGGCCGAUAUGCUGGGUCCCAAGGAUAUGUUUUUUACCUUCAGCACUCGGCUGCGAAACAGCUUAAGGUUGCGACUGGAGGUGCCCGUACCGGACGUCCGCAGGACCCUGCUUGGACCCGGGAACCGCAAGUACUACGGGGCAGUGAUCACCGAUCUUGACGAGAACUAUAUUGAGGAGUUAAAAAGCCGCGCCACCAUUAAGUCUUUCAAGUUCAAAACCAGUAUUCAGUUGCUUAAGGACGCCAUGCGUUUGAAGUACGAGGCCCUGUUGAUUCAAGGGCAAAUGGUGCGCACCAAGAUAUACGAUCGCAUGAACGAGCGACACUGGGUGGGUAUGAAGAAUACCAAGAUCUUGUACGAGGCGUUGUUCGCCAAGUGGAAGAAGAAGGAGUAUAACGCGGCCAUGACGAUGGUGUAUCAGGUGAAGUCGUAUUACGAGACCACUGACAAACUGAAGCAGGAGUACCGGAAUCUAGAGCGCGAGUUGAUGAUGCUCAACAUGGAUAUUGUUUUUAUCGAGGGCCACUGGAUCCGGUGUAUUAUGCUGCAGAACUUCCACUACCUAAUGGGGGACCAGGAUUGGCGAGCGGAGCGCGACUGGAUACAUCUGGUCCCCAAAAGUGAGCGCCGCGGCAGUUCCGAAGGCCAGGUUGACGAGGAGCAAUGCCCGGAGCAUGCAGCUAAGGAAGUGGAUGUGGGUGAUGAAGACUUGGAACUGGAGCCUUACGACGUAUCGAUCGCAAAGCGAACCACCGUCAAUAUUCGGGUGCGCGACAAGGACGACGCCUCCAUCCGCGCCCUCUACUACGACGUCUACAUGCAAAAGGUCCACCCAAUCCUGCAAGUCUUCCCUGACGCAGAGUCCUUCUUGCAGGGCGUCGAGAGCCUUAAGAAAAAAACCUUUAUGCUGCUUCUGGAAAUGCACUUCACAAUGUCCAUUCACACCGAGCUGCAGGGCCGACUGGAGGCCUUUAUAGAUUGGUGCACCAAAGAACUCAAGGAAAAGCAGGAGUACGUUGCUCGCAAAUCAGCGAAAAAAUUUUUUAUGGAGGAUCGCGCAAAGGAGAUGGAGGAGAGGGUCCACCACUACCUUGGACGGCCCAUCGAGGAGACGAUUGCGGACGAGGAUUUCAACAAACACCGCGCCGUCUUAGCCGAGGUGUGGCGCCGAGUGGUCGCAGACUCGGUUCGCGGUACCAGCGAUGUCCUGCCCAGUGCUGCUGACAUGGUGGCUGCCAUAAGCGACGUGGUCAUGGAGAUCCUUUCAAAGUUCGAAAACAUGGACAUUGAGAAGGUCCGUUCCGUAGAAGCCAACUUGCGAAAAGGACGCCGCUACAGAGAAAAGCUCUCCUACCAGGCCUAUCAAGUUGAGCGGCGCAUUGAAAUGGAGAUGAAGAAGGUGCGCCGCAACUUGGAACCCCCCUUUAGAAAGCCGAAGCGAGAGGGACGCCUUCCAAGGCUCUUCCUCAAGAGGAGGGUCAUUCCGGAGGAAAGAGAGGUCCUUGCUAUCUCUGAGAACACAAAGAACUUUGUGCGUGCUUUCAGGGAGGACGGUUACACAGGCGACCAGAUUACUCACACCUCCUUGUUGACAGUUGACAAUAUGCAGGAGCAGAUAGUGCCCUUCUAUUUUGACCACUUCCUGAAAAUCAACGGCUACACGCCCAAUUACAACUUUAGGACAAACGUAGACUUGCGUGAUGGACCAGAGUUUAAUCGCCUGAAGGUAUGUGAAGUCCUACCAGAUGUCCUGGCCAGGCUAGAGACUUGAGUGACGAUGCACAAGAAAAUUAUGGAGGAAAACAUCCAGAGAAACCCGAAAAUGUAUGAGAACGUCAUCUGGCAGCACCGAUUCCAUUCGAUUGGAAGUAUUCGUGACACCCGCGAAGCAAUUUACGAGACCAAGGACAUCGAACCUUGCGAAGAUCGCCUAUUAGUAGAUCGUCGCGCAGUGAUCGCGGACCUUGAGGAGGAUCUCAAGAGCAUUGAAAACUGCCUUAGCUCAUUGAGCAGCUCCGAGUGCACUGAUCUGUCUAACGACAGUGGCAGCUACAUGGUGAUCGAGGAUAAGACUAAAUUGCCCCUGGAUUACAUACGAAAACCACUGGUGCCAUUCGAGGAAAUGCGACGCGCACGCUUCCACGCGGCGGUAGUUGACGUGAAUGCCGAGGACGAGGAUCCCUACCGUAUGCUGCCAUUUUCGGGUCAGCACAAGGCGCAGGCCGAUAUGCUGGGUCCCAAGGAUAUGUUUUUUACCUUCAGCACUCGGCUGCGAAACAGCUUAAGGUUGCAACUGGAGGUGCCCGUACCGGACGUCCGCAGGACCCUGCUUGGACCCGGGAACCGCAAGUACUACGGGGCAGUGAUCACCGAUCUUGACGAGAACUAUAUUGAGGAGUUAAAAAGCCGCGCCACCAUUAAGUCUUUCAAGUUCAAAACCAGUAUUCAGUUGCUUAAGGACGCCAUGCGUUUGAAGUACGAGGCCCUGUUGAUUCAAGGGCAAAUGGUGCGCACCAAGAUAUACGAUCGCAUGAACGAGCGACACUGGGUGGGUAUGAAGAAUACCAAGAUCUUGUACGAGGCGUUGUUCGCCAAGUGGAAGAAGAAGGAGUAUAACGCGGCCAUGACGAUGGUGUAUCAGACCACUGACAAACUGAAGCAGGAGUACCGGAAUCUAGAGCGCGAGUUGAUGAUGCUCAACAUGGAUAUUGUUUUUAUCGAGGGCCACUGGAUCCGGUGUAUUAUGCUGCAGAACUUCCACUACCUAAUGGGGGACCAGGAUUGGCGAGCGGAGCGCGACUGGAUACAUCUGGUCCCCAAAAGUGAGCGCCGCGGCAGUUCCGAAGGCCAGGUUGACGAGGAGCAAUGCCCGGAGCAUGCAGCUAAGGAAGUGGAUGUGGGUGAUGAAGACUUGGAACUGGAGCCUUACGACGUAUCGAUCGCAAAGCGAACCACCGUCAAUAUUCGGGUGCGCGACAAGGACGACGCCUCCAUCCGCGCCCUCUACUACGACGUCUACAUGCAAAAGGUCCACCCAAUCCUGCAAGUCUUCCCUGACGCAGAGUCCUUCUUGCAGGGCGUCGAGAGCCUUAAGAAAAAAACCUUUAUGCUGCUUCUGGAAAUGCACUUCACAAUGUCCAUUCACACCGAGCUGCAGGGCCGACUGGAGGCCUUUAUAGAUUGGUGCAUCAAAGAACUCAAGGAAAAGCAGGAGUACGUUGCUCGCAAAUCAGCGAAAAAUUUUUUUAUGGAGGAUCGCGCAAAGGAGAUGGAGGAGAGGGUCCACCACUACCUUGGACGGCCCAUCGAGGAGACGAUUGCGGACGAGGAUUUCAACAAACACCGCGCCGUCUUAGCCGAGGUGUGGCGCCGAGUGGUCGCAGACUCGGUUCGCGGUACCAGCGAUGUCCUGCCCAGUGCUGCUGACAUGGUGGCCGCCAUAAGCGACGUGGUCAUGGAGAUCCUUUCAAAGUUCGAAAACAUGGACAUUGAGAAGGUCCGUUCCGUAGAAGCCAACUUGCGAAAAGGACGCCGCUACAGAGAAAAGCUCUCCUACCAGGCCUAUCAAGUUGAGCGGCGCAUUGAAAUGGAGAUGAAGAAGGUGCGCCGCAACUUGGAACCCCCCUUUAGAAAGCCGAAGCGAGAGGGACGCCUUCCAAGGCUCUUCCUCAAGAGGAGGGUCAUUCCGGAGGAAAGAGAGGUCCUUGCUAUCUCUGAGAACACAAAGAACUUUGUGCGUGCUUUCAGGGAGGACGGUUACACAGGCGACCAGAUUACUCACACCUCCUUGUUGACAGUUGACAAUAUGCAGGAGCAGAUAGUGCCCUUCUAUUUUGACCACUUCCUGAAAAUCAACGGCUACACGCCCAAUUACAACUUUAGGACAAACGUAGACUUGCGUGAUGGACCAGAGUUUAAUCGCCUGAAGGUAUGUGAAGUCCUACCAGAUGUCCUGGCCAGGCUAGAGACUUGGGAGACGAUGCACAAGAAAAUUAUGGAGGAAAACAUCCAGAGAAACCCGAAAAUGUAUGAGAACGUCAUCUAGCAGCACCGAUUUCAUUCGAUUGUAGUUAA